UGCACAGUGUCGUAUGUGGGCCUUUUCGGUAUGGGCGUCCGUCGUCGCGCGUGGGUCCGCGGACGGCUCCGUCACUGGGAUGGGCUGUGCCAUGGCACAGGUCGUUAGUCGAGGGAGCGUGGAAAUCCAGAGCCGUCAUCCCGCCGGCUUGGGCCCGUCAUUGCAGGGUUGCUCUUGGAUCUCGAGGGAACGAGGGCGGCGUCGAGGACGGCCGGCGGCGUGGCAGGAUGGAGGAGAAGGGCUUGGAGUUCGUGCUCGAUCUGGUGGUCAGGAUCCCAAUUCGGGAAGAGUUCGCCGAUAACCUUGAGCACCCGGAUCCGGUGCCGCUAAGGCUGCUGCCCGGGGGGAGGCUGGCGCUCUUGGCCCGUAUGAUUCAAAUGGUGAAUUUGGUUGCGCCCUGAGGCGCGGCGGAAAAGAGCCGCGUCGCCAACAAAGUCAGCUCAAUCUAUCGGAAAGGUUAAUCGGGAGGCACCUGGAUGAUGGACGAAAAGGUGAGCCGUCAUGUCCCCGUGGUCUGAUUGUAUAUUGAAUUUGAGCGCAUUUGUCGACAGAUAGUUAAGUUCAAGGGAGCAGGUAUUUGGUUUUGACGUGUUUCAGGUAGUUAGAUGUCGUAAGGUGUUUAGAAUUUCAGAUAAGAGAAACGUUGCGUUGAACCAGGCUGCAUAUCAGGACUGUCGAUUAAAUGUUUUGAGAAACCAGUUCAUAAUUUCCAGGGAAAAUGCUACUGUCUGCAGCACACCAGUUUUGUGUUAAUUGACUGGACGAAGCAUUAUUGCUGUAGGUUAAGACUAGGGAGUGCACCGCCGGACAGAAAUUCGUGCGCUUCAUGGAUGAGCGCACUGGAGCAAUCGAUACGGAAGUUUGCUGAGGAACCGACGAGGAGUGUGAUUAAACCAGAAUUAGGAACACGUUCCGAUUCGUUGAACGAGGCAUACGACUUCUACAGUCUUUAUUCACGGGAAGUUAGAUUCAGUAAAAAAUCCGACUGAACGCAGAAAGAACCAAGUCGAUGCAGGAGAGUGUGUGCGGUUGUUCGCUAGGUUCUGUGGUACGAGAUACAAUGUCGGUUUCUUUUUUGUGCAAUUUUGGUUUGAAAAAACAGCAUCAUGGAGUGAGCUGAUGUGCCAUCACUUUUUUUGAUUUUUUUUCCUGGGAAAGCCUGAGGCAGAGAAUAGCUGAUCAUGCAGGUGCGAGUGCCGAAAGUUUUGAAUGAGUUUUUGCUGAGUCCUGAGAAUGUUGGGUGGAUCACCGCCUACGACAAUUUUGACUAGUAUGUAUGGGCUAGCAUAGAACUCUUACUUGCUGGUAGCUCCCAGAAGCCGAGUUAUUGUUUGUUGUUAUUACAGAUCAAAACAGAGCAGCCGGAUUUUGAACCCUUACUUGCCAAUCAGCCGGAUUUUUCGUAUAGGUUUUUUGUGAAAAACUGUUUUACCUGAAGAAUAUUUCAAUUAGUUAGCUGAACUAGGGUAAAUUGUUCGUAAAUCAGUACCUGCAUAGAUAUUGCAUUAGUAGGGAGAACUACUGUACUGAAUUAGCACGUUUGCAAAUUUUCACGCUAUGCCUCGGCAGUGCACCACCAGACAGGGCACCAUGUGCUUCUAGGAUGCUUAAACUGUUUUUUGGUUGAUCAUUGCAAAAAUUAAAUGUUGUUAUCCUGCAAGAAAUGGUUCAAGCACUUCCAUCCACUGCUGGCAGUGGCAUCCGGACAGGACUUGAUGGAUGAGCUCACUCCUGGGGGUGAGUUAACACUGAAUUUGUGUGCAUUCAACGGAUGCCCAGUGAGAAAGAGAAGAAAAUGUACCGCGGAUGGCUUGACAGAUGGAGAGAGAUUUUUUAUCCUGUUUUUGUGGAUGAGCUUUGUAAGGAAGACGACGAAAUAGACUGGGAUUAAACCAUUCAUGUUCCCUGUGAUGUUCAUGGAUUGCUGGUCCUUGUACAUUCUCGACACUGAGAAGAAGAUUGUAAUGGUGCUUGAUCCAACAGAGACAGAUCCAUCAGAUGAGAUGAAGAGGAAGCAUGAGGCGCUGGCAAGGAAGUUCCAGCGUAGGUUUUACAACCUUUUUAAUGACAAGUUUGGAGCAGGCUUGGUCGAGACGACUGGAUGGUCAUUUGUGUACUCGUUGGUUGCACAACACGAGCCAUGCACCAGGGAAGACGGUGUGGUGUAUGUCGUGCACUACAUACUGGAGUUCACUGGCCUUUACCUGAGAUCGAAUAUGAACCAGGAGCAGAUCGAGCACCUCCGCAAGAAGAUUGCAUGUGAGAUAGUGACGAUGAAGGGGAAUAAGGGAUGCAUCCCAGAGUUCCUGUACGAGGAGAUCCUUGACUAAAGUAAUGAAGUAUUCGUUCACUCUACGUGCAGCCCGGCAAGAUCUUUUGGUUGAAUUGUCCCGAUUUAGUUGCUGGGGCAUUUUGCAGCACAAACACCUGCCACCUUGUAGAUGAAAAACUAUGGACAUGUACUGCAUUUUUAGAUGGAUUCUUAAGCAGUUUAAGUAAAUGUAAGCGCUGAUAUGAUAUGUGGAUGUAUGUUCAUCUCUCAGAAUGUGCAAUGCUAUUGGUACUAGUGGUUAUUUGAUCC